AUGUUCGGUUUCGUUGGCCCUAGUGUUGUACUUGACACAGCAUGUUCAUCAUCUCUUGUGGCGGUACAUCUCGCUCAGCAUGCAACGGCGCGGGUCGAAGCUGUCUCAGCUUACGCCGCGGGGGUCCAGUGCACACUUUUGUCAGGUACUUUUUCGGUACUCAAUAAUCUGAAUGCACUCUCACCAGAUGGAAGAUGCAAGACGUUUGACAUUGCUGCGGAUGGCUACGGCCGUGGAGAGGCUCACGCGGCAAUUUAUACACGUCUAUUCAAUCAAAGCACCUCACAAGUGAGCAAAAUAUCGACAAAUGCCUUCAUUACGUUAAGCGGUUCAUCAGUGAACCAAGACGGGCGGGCUUCCACGUUUACUGCACCAUUUGGCCCAUCGCAACAAGUCCUCGCAUUGAAAGCUUUAGCAGAGGCUGCGAUAGAGCCGAAUGAUAUUCGAUAUGUAUCCACGCACGGCACAGGGACAUCACUAGGUGAUCCUAUAGAGAUUUCAGCAGCGUGGCGCACAUUGAAACUUGGACGAUCUGGUGCGUGCAUUCAAUCAAUGGUUACUACUGUUGGUGCGAAUAAGUCAUUCCUCGGUCAUACUGAGGGUUCCGCCGGAAUAUCGGGUUUGUUAAUGGCAGUUUGCGUGGCCUCAAAUUUUGGCUUCCCUGCACUGCGUCAUUGUUACAACCUGAAUCCAUAUAUUUCCUCGUCG